AUGAAAUGAGAGCAUGACCAGCAAACACAGGCACGAGCACCACCCCUAUGAUUAUACAGUUCUUUAUCAUUUCUUUUUACAUAAUCUCUGACAUGAUCGAAGGUCUGCCGUCCGAUACCAAUGCUGAUCUAAGCUUUUGACAAGCCGCUUGUUCUGGUCAUUUGUUGUGCCAACGCUUAAUGGAUACGUCCAGGUCAGUGAUAAGGACUUGCGGUAUGCGGCCUAUCCACUCUCACGCUGGCUGAGUGCUGAAAACUUAAUGUGGGUCACUCUGCGGCUCCCACUACAGCUCCUGCCAUGGGGAAUACCGCCACCAAGUUUCGUAAAGCACUUAUCAGUGGAGACGAAUUCCUGGCUUGCCAGCUUUAUGAGAGCAACCCCCAAUUUAAAGAGGCUCUGGAGCCCAACGCAUCUUAUGGGGAGCCCUAUCAACACAACACACCCCUGCAUUACGCCUCACGCCAUGCCAUGACACGCCUCAUCAGGUCUUUCCUUUUCUCCAAAGAUGGCAACCCCAACAAGUGCAACGUUCACAAUGAGACUGCGUUGCACCUGCUGUGCAUGGGCCCGCAGAUCCUGCUGAGUGAGGGGGCGCUGCAGCCGCGGAUCAGCCGCCCCCAGGAGGAUGAACAGAAGCGGGCUGAGUGCCUCCAGAUGAUCCUGCAGUGGACCGGAGCCAAGCUGGACCAGAGCGAGUAUGAGAGAGCCAACGUCAAUGCCACAGACAACAAAAAGAGCACCUGCCUGCACUACGCGGCAGCGGCUGGCAUGAAGAACUGUGUUGAGUUGUUAGUGAAGAACAAUGCAGAUUUGUUCGUGGAGAACGAGGACAGGGAGACGCCGUGUGACUGUGCGGAGAAACAGCAUCACAAGGAGCUGGCGCUCAGUCUGGAGUCUCAGAUGGUUUUCUCUCAGGAUGCUGGAGCUCAGGAGAUAGAAGCAGAGUAUGCCGCCCUUGACCGACGAGAGCCAUAUGAGGGAUUGAAACUGCAAGACCUGCGUCGGUUGAAAGACAUGUUGAUAGUGGAGACGGCGGAUAUGCUGCAGGCUCCUCUCUUCACGGCUGAGGCCCUGUUGCGAGCUCACGACUGGGACAGGGAAAAACUUCUAGAAGACUGGAUGUCUAAUGCGGAGGACUGCUGCCAGCGCUCAGGUGUUCAGAUGCCAACUCCCCCACCGAGUGGCUACAAUGCUUGGGACACUCUGCCUUCUCCUAGAACCCCGAGAACGACUCGCUCCUCUGUCACCUCCCCUGAUGAGAUCAGCCUGUCUCCUACUGAUGGCCUUGCCCUGUGUGGGAUUUGCAUGGGAAACAUAUCUGUGUUUGAGGACCCUGUGGAUAUGUCGUGUGGGCACGAGUUCUGCAGGGCAUGCUGGGAAGGGUUUUUGAAUCUGAAGAUCCAAGAAGGGGAAGCACAUAACAUCUUUUGCCCUGCUUACGACUGCUUCCAGCUGGUCCCUGUGGAGGUCAUUGAAAGUGUCGUCUCCAGAGAGAUGGAUAAGCGCUACCUGCAGUUUGACAUUAAGGCUUUUGUGGAUAAUAAUCCUGCCAUUCGCUGGUGCCCCAUAGCCAGAUGUGAAAGAGCCGUACGACUGACUAGGCCAGGCCCUGGAGCCUCUGACCCUCGGAGCUUCCCCUUGCUCAAAGCCCCUGCUGUAGACUGUGGCAAAGGCCAUCUCUUCUGCUGGGAGUGUCUUGGUGAUGCUCAUGAACCUUGUGACUGUGAGACAUGGAAGAUGUGGCUGCAGAAAGUGUCUGAAAUGAAGCCUGAAGAAUUGGCUGGUGUGAGUGAAGCCUAUGAAGAUGCUGCCAACUGCCUGUGGCUACUCACCAACUCUAAACCUUGUGCCAACUGCAAAUCCCCCAUCCAGAAAAAUGAAGGCUGCAAUCACAUGCAGUGCGCGAAGUGCAAGUAUGAUUUCUGCUGGAUUUGUCUUGAGGAAUGGAAGAAACACAGCUCCUCUACCGGAGGAUACUAUCGCUGCACGCGCUACGAGGUCAUCCAACAGGUGGAGGAGCAGUCCAAGGAGAUGACUGUGGAGGCAGAAAAACAGCACAAGAGUUUUCAGGAACUUGACUGUUUUAUGCAUUAUUAUACACGAUACAAGAAUCAUGAACACAGUUACCAGUUAGAAGAACGACUCCUGAAAACAGCCAAAGAAAAGAUGGAGCAACUAAGCAAAGCUUUCAUUGGAAGGGAAGGAGCCCCACCUGACACCACUUUCAUUGAGGAUGGUGUGCAUGAACUUCUCAAGACCCGACGCAUCCUUAAGUGCUCUUAUCCGUAUAGUUUCUUCUUGGAGCCCAAAAGCACAAAGAAAGAAAUAUUUGAACUUAUGCAGACUGAUUUAGAGAUGGUCACCGAAGACCUUGCUCAGAAGGUGAACAGGCCUUACCUCCGCACCCCUCGCCAUAAGAUCAUCAGUGCCACAUAUCUGGUGCAGCAGAAGAGACGGGAGUUCUUGGCCUCUGUGGCUCGAGGUGUCGCCCCAAAUGAUUCUCCCGAGGCUCCCCGCCGCAGUUUUGCUGGUGGGACGUGGGAUUGGGAGUAUCUGGGAUUUGCCUCUCCUGAGAUGGUGAGGAAUAACCCAGUACGGGGAUCAAAUGCACAGCGUGAGAGCAAUUACAAUGCAGGAGGCCAGCCGCAGGAAUACUCAGAUUUCCAGUACAGACGGAGACACAGGCAGAGACGUAGAGGAGACCUUCUCAGACUGCACAGCCUCCGCAGUAACACCCCUGAACCACAUGACUCCAAUGACAACACUUUAGAAACACAUGAGGGAGGCAAUACACCAAGGCAUGGGAUCUCCACGGAACUUGGGUCUCUGGAUGAAGAUGACCCCAAUAUUUUGUUGGCUAUUCAGCUGUCCCUACAGGAGUCCGGGCUGGCCUUGGACCCCGAGCCUCAGGAUGUGCUCAGUAACGAUGCCUCUGUUGGUGCCAGUGGUUCCUCUCUGCCCUCUAGACUGGAUUCUGUGCCCCAUACUGCGGAUCCCCCCCGAGCUUCCAUGAGCAGCUCUGAGCUUCUGGAGCUGGGAGACAGCCUUAUGAGACUGGGCAACAUUACCAGCCACUAUACACCCUUUAACAUGAGUUCCUACCCUGAUGCCUUGGGUAACGCCUUCACCCCUAGUGACCCAGACUGCCUGGACCCUUGCACCAAUGCCAACCUGCUUGGCAACAUUAUGGCCUGGUUCCACGAUAUGAAUCCACAGAGCAUUGCACUGAUUCCCUCAGCCGCCGCAGAUGCCAGUCCCGAGCUACCCGUUUUUGGAGAGGGACAAUCUGCCAAAACCCAGGACGAGGAGAAUGAGGUGGGGAGUCCUGAGCAGGGUUCCCUAUCGGUAAUGAAAGAGAGCACAGACGUGUUGGCAUCGCAGCUUUUGGAGCUAGAAUGUGUGGAUGAUGCACAACCUCCUAAAGCAGAGCCAGACUUGGAGGGUUCGAGUGGCAGUGUAGAUCUCACUAGCGCAGUUUGUCUGGAGAGCAGUACUGAUCGGGAUCCGCAGGUAACCGACCUCUCCUUAGAGUGGGAGGAAGAAGUGCACCUAGUGUGAGGAAAAAGUCUAAUUAUGUUUACCAACUGAGUGCUCUUAUCGUGCCAAAACACUAAAUAAAAGCAGAAUUGCUUGUUCAGAAAUGGAGAAGAAUGAGCCAGGUGCAUUGGGGUUAGACGGGACUUGUCUUAGUUGUGUGUUGCACCGUGUCUGGUGGAAGAAACAAGAAAUUGUGGUCAGAUUCAAGCUUAUGAAAGUAGAUGAGAGAAGAGUGGGUCUCAUUCACUAACCGUAUUUGUGUGUGUAUGAAUGUUUUUGCACAGAAAUCAUAAUUCACUAAUAUCUUAGAACUUCGAUUGUUUUCUACAUUUAACAUAAAAUUUAGAACCAACUAAAACUGUAUGUAUGUAUGUAUGUAUGUAAAAAUCAGUCCUGGUGGCCUUAGAAACAUGAAAUGGUUUAAGCCGAAAAGUUUAUACGGACUUGGAAAUUUGAACAGCUGAGUGACCCAAAAAUGAUUUAGCAUUAAAAAAAUGACACAUUUUAGAUCUGCAAUGGGUUCUGCAUAAAAAUUUGUUGUUAGGCCUAUAUAAAAGGUCUUUAUUUUGUAUGUAGAAUAAUCUGGAUUCAUUAACAUUAGAAAGACAGUAAGAGCAAAUUUACAUGCCUACCUGUUGAGAGUAAUCAGGUGGAAAUUUCGUGUAAGAACCAUUUCUGUGCACAUAAGAAUACAGUUAUAAGUGAAUGUUGCAAAGUAUUAAACUCGCAUUGAAAUGGAAGUAGCGACAGGUAUUUUAUUCCAUAUUGUGGUGUACAUCUGAGUGAAAUGGAUAUUUGGAAAAGAAAAAAAAUGUUAGGUGGUGCCUUGGUUUUAUCCACUGCUGUGUUGAUUGCAGUCGAUUGUAAGAAAGAGGCGGAGUUUAUGCACUCUAAAUGAUUGGAGAAAUGAACAUACAUCAUCAUAGGGAAGUCUCAUUUUCAGGUUUUCGUUUCAAGCCGAGCAAGGCCACUUUGGCCAUUUCUAGAAAUCUUGCUGUGGGUGCCAUGAGAGAAAGCUCCAUCUGUAUUAGAUUGGAAAGUCAUUUUUUCUUUUAAGUUCAAAUGAAUGGAAAUGAAAUGGAUGAAUUUUUGACAGUUGUAUCUUUCUAAAAAGAAAAAGGAAUGUUUACGUGCAGAAGAAAAUACAUGAAAGCAUCAAUCCAAUGUUUCUUGGCUCUUACAGUGACAGUGAAACAGUGUGAAGCCACUAUUAAGACCUGAACUUUUUGCCCUGUUUUGUUUUUAAUUCUACAGUUCUCCUAUUUAGCAAUGCCAAUUUAUUGCUUUAUUUAAAAACACUAAUGUUCUUUUUAUUUAAUUUAAGUCACAUUUAAUGCAAGUGCAGAUUGCACAAUGCACAUUUCAUGUUAAAAAUAAGGAGUGUUUUGAAAUCUUCAAACUGUUUGUUCUUCAACAUAUUGUCCUGCAGAAGACCUUGUUCGCUUCCAAAAGGUUACACUUCAUGUAAAUUUACACUCCUGAGAAUGUGAGGGCAUUUAUUACCUUAUCUAUUGUGACUACUACACACAAUACCUCUGAUUAUCCUGUGUUGUGUAUUUAAUUUGGCCUCACGAAUAACGCAUAUAUAUGCAUAAAGACACUUCACAGGUCUUCUGAAGCAAUAGAGAGAUAACAACAGUGCUUUUCCUUUUUCGUUUGUGUGCCGAACUAUGUAUAUGUCAUAUUACAUAGAAAGUCAUUCUCUUUAACAACAAAAACAGUUCUUUUGUCUCAUUUUAUGUACGGCAUAUGAUGCCAAAUUAAUCAUCUGUUUACCAAUUAUCAAACCUUUGCAGAAGGCCAAUCACAUCCCUCACUGACAAAACAUACUGUGCAGUAACCAAGAGGCUUUUCAAGGAAUUUUCUAGGUUAAAUACAAUUUAAGAUGUAUAGACCGCAUCUGUGUUAUGCUAUCGGUUACCACAUCAUCGCUUAGUUUGUAAAACAAAAGCAAUGUCUUUAAAAUGUAACUCCAACACUGUUGAUAGAUCUUAAAGUGUAUUUAAACCAGAAUAUUUCUAUUACUGAUACAUAAUUGUUGGAAGGUUUUAGAUGUGGGGAAGAGAUUUUUUCCCCCCUUUUUUUUCUUUAAUUUACUGUGCUCAUCGGUGUGCCUUGUUCGUACUUUUUCUUAUUUAUAUACAUGUUGCCUAAUUAUGUUAAGUGUUUGCUGUGUCAAUCAAAUACAAGCAACCUUACAUAUUCAUGAAUUGCUAAAAAUUCAGUUUCUAUAGUCACUUGCUAAAAAGUAUGUUUCUUUUUAUCAGAUUGAAUAGUUUUUGGUUCAUGUUGACAACAGCCUCAUGUUUUGUAUUACACUGAACAGGUUGCCAUGUUUUGAUGGUCUUUUAUGACAUUACAGUUAGAAAGGUCUGUGGCCCUAUAGAGAGGUGUCUUUUAUUGACAUUAUUAUGAUAUAAGGGAAAAAGAAAGACUAGAUGUAGAUUUGUUGAUUAUAGUUGGUGUAUUUAGGUUUGCUGGGUUUUUUUUCUUUUCUUUUCUUUUUUUCCAGAAAAUUUUACAUUGAAAGUGAUGGCCAGUUUUUACAUAUUUGAUAUUUGAUUAAAUCAUCUUGUGUAGUAACGACCGGUUUUUACAUCCGUUUUCCCCCCUAACUUAAGUAUUUAUGGUGGUGGUAUUUUAUCUUUCUUUUUUUUUCUUUUUUUUGAGGAAACAUGACCAUUAACAUUACAUUGUCAUUUGCACUUUCAUAGACUAUACUUGAUACAUUCCCAGUUUGUAUGAUGUGUAGCCAAUAAACAGAAAGUAUUGGUAAAGGUUUGCUCGGAUUAAAAAGUUUAAAGUGCA